CGUACACUUACACAGAGCCAAACAUCGAAGCAAGCGACAGUCAGCCGGACAGGAGGUGAUCUUUUUCGUGCGGGGCUUUGCUAGUGCCUGGCCAGUAUCACUCUAAUCAGUCUUGAGAUAUCUUGCAAAAAGAGCAGUUGAAUUUCGUCGAGGAUCCGCCAAAAACCAUCAAAGUCAAACGAAAAUGUUUAGGCAACAUUUGGAAAUGAUCGGCAGCUACGAGCCAAUCAGCAAGAAGGCUCGCUUCUUUAACACCUACCUGAAGUCCCUGAAGGGAUCCCAGGACAUCGUCGCCAAGGAGAAGCGCGGCUACCAGUCCUCGUUCGAAAGCUCCAGCUACUCCGACUCGACGUGUGCCGUCGAGCGCAUCCGUGCUCCCGGCUACCACUACAACCCGGUCAGCAAGGAUACCUACGGUGUGACCCCAAGGAAGAUCAAUACACGCGACUUUGCCGUAAGUCGUUAAGAUGUGCGGUUCGACCUUGGACCAUUCGACUACCAUGCCGAUAAUUUAAAUGAAAAUUUCGAACAAUAUAUGACUUUUUUUGGCGACCUCCCUCACAUUCACACACCGUGUUGAACUGUACCAACAUCAACCAGUCUGACAACUAUACAUGACAACAACUCACAGAUGGUUCCAUCUCUCUCAACCAUCUAUUUACUGUACUGUUAAAAAACAUUCAACUAUCAUUAUUGCAAUGAGACAAUCAAUCGAUCAACUGUUCUAAACACGAAAAUCGAACAAAAUAAAACACUUGCACACAAAAUAGAGCGGAAGAAGGCUCCAUACCACAGACCCAAAGAGACACUUAAAUGUAAGAAGAUAACGAAGAAAAACGAUGACCAGCAAACGUGGCAACUCCUGCUCUCCAAGAAGAUUCAACAUUUGUUUUUUUUAUGGCGACAACUUAGAACAUCGGACAAAUUUAGAGUAUAGAAGAAAACAUCAGAAACACAGCUGAAAGCAAACAUCAAGAAAAAAAGACGCGCUGGAUAGAAGAAAUAACAUAUUGAAAAACAUAUUAACUAACCAAUAUAAUUUAAGGUAGCUCAGAGAAAAUGUGAACAGAGUUUAACUAGAAAAUCAAUACCAGAAAUGGAAGAUAUAUAAGAACCUCUAUUUUUCUUUUCAUUUAUACUACGUGUACUGUUAGUGUUUUAUUUGUAAUCAAGGCUGUAACUAUGACAAAAACGAGUUAAAUAAAAAGACCUAAAAACGGGA